AUGUCACCCUCUCCGUUUCGCAUCGUCGAGCAUGUGGUGCCUUGCCAGCACCUGCGCGAGUAUCCGGCCGCGACGGCCAAUGACCAGGAACAGCCGUUGCACCUCGCCGUGAAGCAGUAUAUUCCUCUCGACAACCCUCACCCGCGGCCGGGCGAUGUGACGAUCCUAGCAGCGCACGCAAAUGGCUUCCCCAAGGAACUGUAUGAGCCUCUGUGGGAAGAAAUCCAUGCGCGAUCUCAGGCGAACGGUUUCCGUAUUCGCAGUAUAUGGAUGGCUGAUGUUGCUCAGGAGGGAGAGAGCAGCGUGAUCAAUGAAGAUUCCCUCGGCAAUGACCCAAGCUGGUUUGACCACCCACGAGACCUCCUCCAUCUGGUGAACGUCAAGCGGGCUGAAAUGCCCCGACCUAUUAUCGGUGUUGGCCACAGUAUGGGCGGCGCACAUCUUACCCAACUGAGCUUGAUGCACCCCCGAUUGUUACACACUUUGGUGCUACUCGACCCUGUGAUCCAACGGCAGACGACCCAACUAGAUAGCCUAACCCUGUUGAACGAACAAAAGGCUGUCAUCGCGAAGACAACCCAACUCUCCACCCACCGCCGCGAUCUAUGGCCUUCCCGCCAAGCUGCUGCUGAUGGCUUCAAGCGCAGCCCCUUCUACCAAACAUGGGACCCGCGCGUGCUAGACCGCUGGGUCCAGUAUGGGCUGCGCGACCUCCCAACCGCAAUUCACCCCCUCGACGAAAAGACUGUCACUGAUAAGAAGAAUCCCCCGGUCACUCUCCGCACCCCGCUCCAUCAAGAAGUCUUUACUUUCUCACGGCCAAACUACAACCACGUCCCGGGGAGCCAUCAGCCCGUUAACCGUGUAACGCACCCCGAUCUCGACGCAAGUCACCCACACUCGUAUCCUUUCUACCGGCCCGAGCCGGCACGGAUAUUUUCCCAACUCCCAUUUCUGCGCCCGAGCGUGCUAUAUAUCUUCGGUGGCAAGUCUGAUAUGUGUACGCCUGACAUGAUGGCAGAUAAACUGCAAAACACCGGCAUCGGGCUCGGGGGCAGCGGCGGUGUCACUGCCGGCCGUGUGCGUGAUGUCUAUCUCAAGGACUUUGGUCAUCUGCUCGCCCAGGAAGCAGUCAAUGAGUGUGCUGAUGCAGCGGUCUGCUGGCUGGGGCCAGAGCUACGUCGUUGGCGCGACGAGGAAGAGAGCUUCCGCACGGCAUGGAGCAAGAAAUCCAAGAUUGAGAAAAUGACUGUGGAUGCGCAAUGGCUAAAUAAUGUUCCCGCACCGGCACGCCGGCCCAAGAACGGCGAGAAGAAGAGUGGCGAGUCCAAACUGUGA